AAAUGAAGAGGUCGCAUAUAUAAAAAUCCUAGUCUCAGCUUGCAAGAGAAAUAGAGAGUUAGACAGUAUAGAGGCUAGUAGAGAUAUUAGAGAUAUAAGAAUUAGUAUCGUAGAUAUAGAAGAGGCAGUAAUACAUAGAGUAGUAAAAGAUAAAAAGGUACAA